AUGCAGAAUCUUAAAAUCACUACCCUUCUCGCCCCUCUAUUUCUCCAAGGCGUACAAGCCUCAUUAUAUGGAGAAAGUAGUCUCAACCACACCUGCGAAUUGAAAACACCCUAUCUUUCCUGUUCCAAAAAUGCCACUCCGGAUCUGACUGAUUCCUGCUGUACGGAAACAUUCGGCGGUCUACUCCUCAGCACCCAGUUUUGGGAUACAUAUACGGGGCGCGAAGCAGAGGGUCAAUUGUUACCUCAGAAUUCGUGGACAUUGCAUGGGCUUUGGCCGGAUUUUUGUAAUGGCUCUUAUACGCAGUAUUGUGAUUUGAGUCGCCAAUAUGAUCCUGAGCCUUCUCCUAAUACCACGACUGGGACGUCGAGCGGUACUCCCGUGCCUCCUUAUACCGGAAAACCUAUUUCAGAUAUUAUUCAGCAAUAUGGAAAAUAUGAUCUCCUCGCCUACAUGAACAAAUACUGGAUCGCGCAAUUAACACCCAACUGGCACCUCUGGGCGCACGAAUUCUCCAAACACGCCACCUGCUUCUCCACCUUCGAUACCCCCUGCUACGGACCCCUCUUUAACCAAACUCCCCACGCAGACCUCAUCUCCUUCUACACCACCGCUCUCUCCUACUACUCUACACUGCCCACGCACACUUUCCUCUCUAGACACCACAUCGUCCCCUCAAAUACAACUACAUAUACACUAUCCGCCUUGCAGUCAGCGUUGAAGAAAGAAACUGGCGCAGUACCAUAUAUUGGAUGCUCGGGGCCGAAAUUCAAUGCUACGGCGGAGGGGAAGGGGAGUUUGGAUGAUGGUCAUACGGUGCUUAAUGAGGUGUGGUAUUAUUUUUAUGUGUUGGGUCAUGUGCAGGAUGGGAGGAAGGUACCGGUGGGUGCGGAUGUUAAUGGGGGGAGUGUUAGUAGUUGUGCUACUGCGAAGGGGGCGUUGAGGUAUUUGGAGCGGAGUGAGGGGUCUGUGAGAGAGGGGAGUGGAAAGUAUGGGUUAGAGGGGGUUUUGGGAUCGUGA